CCGUGGUUACAAGGACCUUCCACUAGGUGGCAUUUUAUGCCCGUCCUGAGAUAUUAGGAUCAACUUUCAUUUUUGCUUUUAAAUGCAGUUCUUUGAAGACUAUUUUAACUAUACUUUUAGUUCCCAAAUAAGAAUUUGAUUUUUCACAUUGAAUAAUUAAACCUAUAAUAACUAGAACCACUGCAGAGAAACUUAAUUCUUUCAAAUCCAUGAUUUAUAAAAGUUUUUUUUUUAAUGUAACCUAAAAUAUGUCAGUUCUUUAUUAAACAAAUGCAAAUUUUGCAUUUGGUGAAUUUUCUUCAAAAAAGUCCUAAUCCCUGGAUGAGUUUUCCAUGCCAGUCAGCCUAAAAUUUCUGAAUUGCUUCUUCUGUUACUGUGUAGUAUGUAAUCAGGGAAAUUAUAUUUAUGUUAUAAUAGUCUAAACACAUCAUAGAAAGGCAUGCACAUUUCCUGAAUUAAAAUGUAAAGAACCUUAUAAUCAGCAGAUCAAGUUUACAUCACUGGCACUCACUGAUUAAUCUUAAUUUUAUAAUGAAUAAUAGCUCUAGAAAAACUAGUAUAUGAAUUCUCUUCUAGAUGUUUAAUCUCAAAAGUAUGUGAUUUCGUCAUUAAUAAAUGAAAGUCUGCGCAUAUUCGCAAACAUGUCAGAGUUUCACAGGUGUUAGCAUUUCAUCCCAGGCUUACCAAGUUCUGUCAUUUCUUUCAGUUCUAAGCAAAUUUUAAAAAUCCCAACAAAUAACCAGGCUAAAGAAUGAGAACGUAAUUUACCUAUUCAUAAAUCGUCACUAUUGUUAUCUGCUAAACCUUUCUUUUAUAUUACCUGUAGAUAUUACCUCACCAAAAUUUGUUCUCAGGGGUCUUAUAUUUGCUGUAGAAAUAAUACAAAAAGCACACGGAACUUUUUUCAGGAAAUACUUCAAAAGAACAUUCCUAAUUAUCUACUAAUAGAAAAUAGAAUGAAGCACAGGUCCAUUUCAAUGUCAGUAUCUAUGCAUUUUAAAAUACCUUUUUUCAAUUAGGUUGUUCACUAUGUCUUUGGCGGAUACAACGAAAACAAAUCUCGAUGAGUGUUUCCCCAGUGUGGGGUUAGAAGACAGUAGGAAGUCUGCAGAAGGCGAGAGGAGCCUCCUCGGCCUGGGUGACUUUCCCAGGAGCAGUCACACUGCCGAGAAGAGUGUCGAUUAUAGUCGAUCCCAGUGCUCCUGUGGAAGCUGUCGCUGCGAUUACUCCGAAGACUUUAUCUCGGAAUGUUCAGAAAUAAAUGUUAAUAGGAAUUAUUUAGAGCAGCCUGUGGGAAAAGAAAAGAAAAAGGAGAAGAAAAAGUGUGCUUCUAGAUUCUCCCAACCUAAAGGCCCUAAGGAAAUCACAGCUGAAAAAAAGCACAUUUGGAAGGCAUCAUUUUUUAAUGCUCAAACCAAUGCAAUUGCCCAAAGGAGAGAUGCUAUGGCUCAUCGCAUAAUGUCUGCAAGGCUUUGUAAGAUUAAAGAGCUAAAAAAUGAUUUAGCUGACAUACAUCGUAAAUUGGAAGCCACCGUCAUAGAAAACCAGUUUUUGAAACAACUUCAGUUCAGGCACUUGAAAGCUAUAGGAAAAUACGAGAACUCACAAAAUAAUCUUCCUCAAAUUAUGAUUAAACAUAAAAAUGAAGUAAAAAGUCUAAGGCAGCUACUUAGGAAAUCCCAGGAAAAGGAAAGAACUGUGUCUAGGAAACUUAGGGAAGCCGACAGCGAGUUAUUGAAGACCAAGGAUGCUCUACAGAUGCUGCAGAGGCUUUCCGAAGAUAAAAAUCUGGCAGAGAGGGAAGAACUUACUCAAAAAUUGUCAGUCCUCACAACCAAAUUGGAGGCAAAUGACAGAAGAAUACAGAGCUUAGAAAAACAACUGAGGUUGAACAAGAAAGCCUUUAAUCGGCAGUUGGCUGUUGAGAACCGGAAGACGCUGGCAGCCCAGACAGCUACAAAGGCUCUGCAAAUGGAAGUAAAACACCUUCAGCAAAAACUUAAGGAGAAGGAUCGAGAGCUUGAAAUUAAAAACAUCUAUACUAAUCGAAUACUUAAAAAUUUACAUGACAAAGAUGAUUACCCAAAAGUUUCUUCAACGAAAUCAGUACAAGCAGACAGGAAAAGUUUUUCAUUUAUGAGUAUGAAACACCAGGAAACCCAAAAAUCAGAUGUUCCACGUUUGACAACUAAGAGUAAAAAGACAACAGGAAACAUUGCUCAUAAAGAAAAAUCAACUGAAAUAAACAGUGAAAUCCCUCACUAUAUCACUAAACUACCAAACCAAGAGGAUUCUAAGAGAAAACAUGGAGAUUUAUCAAAGGAAGAGGUACAUCUAAAAGUACAAGCACCUGUGGAGAAUAUUGACAAAAGACAAAAAGAGAAAAAGGAAGAUCAUGAAAAGAAAAUCACUUUAACUAUAGAAGAACAAGAGCUACCAUCAAAAAGAAUUCAAGUAACUCAUCCUGAAGAGGAAAGCAUUCAUGAAGACAAUAUAGUAAAAGAAAAGUCUAAAAGAAGUAUACAGAUAAAUGACAUGGAUGAGAUACCUGGUAAGUAUAUUGUUCCAAACGUCAGGACACCUUUUCGACAAAGAAAGCAUUAUUCAUUCACAGAAACGAUUGAAAACUUGCAUCACGGGCUUCCUACUUCAGGUGGACCAGCCAAUACAGGCAUCACGAGAAACAAUCAUAAUACCUGCAAACAGCACUGUAACAUAGAACUGAAGCCAGAACAUUCAGCGAGCGGAUACGAGCCCUCUUUUGGUAAGUCUUCCAGAACCAAAGUAAAUAAUACAGCUUUGAGAGAUAAGAAAAGCAGUCUGAUGGAAGAACUCUUUGGAUCAGGCUAUGUCUUAAAAGAUGACCAAACAAGUCCUGUUGUUAUUAAAGGAUCUGAGGAGACUUUGAAAAGUGAGAAGAUACACCAUCUACCUCCCAGUCAGGCAUCUGCCAACAAUGCUUUUGGAGAUUCUAAAAUAACUGUGGUAAAUUCUCUUAAGUCAUCUUCACCUACAGAAGGAAAAAGAAAAAUAAUUAUUUAA